UGUUAUUAGCACAAAUCCAGAGAGGAAGGAAAGCUUACUCACCGAUAGCCAAAAAGCAAACAAAAUUCUUUCCAUUUCUACAUUAAAAUUCACUAAAUCCCUUUCAAGCUUUCCGUUUCCAUACCAUUUAUACUAUUUCUAUUACCCACUUUUAUUGUGGAAUAACUCCUACAAGAUCUGUAAAUUUAAGCCACAAAGCUGUGUUGAGUUGUCGUAGCUUAAGAAAGCACUGUGUUUUUCUUUCUUUCCUUUUGUCCGAGAGUUUUAAAAGGAUGGAGGUUGUUCAGAUGCAGAGGGCAUGGGUUGAAUAUACCAAGUCCUUGUUUAGAGAGUUUUCUUAUUCUUUUUUUGGGUGGAUGAAGGGGUUUCUGGAUGCCCAGUUUCAACAGCUUCAGCUUCUGCAAGACGAGAGCAACCCAGAUUUUGUUGCUGAAGUGGUAUCUCUCUUCUUUGAAGAUUCUGAGAGGCUUCUGAGUGAUCUCACCUUUGCCUUAGAACAGCAAAGUAUAGACUUCAAAAAGGUUGAUGCUCAUGUUCACCAGUUGAAGGGUAGCAGCUCCAGCAUAGGUGCACAGAGAGUUAAAAAUGACUGCAUCGCUUUCCGCAGCUUCUGUGAGGAACAAAACAUUGAAGGGUGCCAGAGAUGCCUGCAGCAAGUGAAACAGGAUUACUGUCUCGUGAAGAGCAAGCUUGAAGCUCUAAUCAGGCUGGAGCAACAGAUUGUGGCAGCUGGUGGGUCAAUUCCUGUGGAAGAAUUGAGUUUUUAAUCCUGUCAAUGCACUGCAAGACGAGGAAUGCUGCUAGU